AUGCUAUUUACGACGGUGCGGCCCGACGGGCAAUCCGAUCACCGGCGGCUUCGCCAGUGCCAUUGUGAGAAGUGCUCGUUGCAAUUCGACAGUGACGGAUCCUUGUGUGGCUUACGGUGCGAACGCUGCUGGACAGCGACGGUGACGGAGGGCGACGGGCAGAUCGACCGGAGCAGCAAUCCAACGCCGGUUCCCAGUGCUACGGAGAGCCUUACACCGGUCGACGAGCAGGAUGAAAUGGUGCAGCAAUCCGCCAACGAAUCGUGGCCCAAUGUGCUGUCCGAGUUGGUGGCCACCGAGAUUGGAAUGGCACACCUGCUGCUGAGCAAGAAACCUCUCCAGGCGGCCCUGAUGGCCCUACAGGAUCGCCUGAGGCCCAUUUUCGCAAGUGCCACCAAAGCGCUGGCCGACGCGUUCGCUUCCGAUGCGACCACCAACUUGACGACGACGAUCAAUCGCUCCUCGACGGAAGCUCCACCGACGACGACGCUGCUACUGGGCGCCUGGUGCUGCCGGUCGGUGGACGGCGGUCGGGGGAGCAUCCUGCGGCACGAUGAGGCCGCCGGGCAACAGCAGCAGCAGCUGCCGAAGGCGUGCGCCUGGACCGGCGCGGUCCUGGAAGCACCAUCGCAGGAGGGCGGCCGCUCGGACGAGCUGGCGUGCCGGGUGAAGACGAUCGGCCGGACCGAGGGGCUGCUAGCUAACCUAAGUAGUUAUCAAAUUGAUAGGAUUAAGUCGCUGCGGCUCGAGUGCAGCGACAUCUUGUUCUUCGAAAGUUCCUUAGACUCGUCGUCGUCCUCGGCGGGCUCGUCCUCCGGGUCGUCCUCAUCCCUGGCGACUUCGCCGUCCACGUCGGCGAAUGGCGCUGGCCUGUUUCUCGGGUCCUUCCCGGGCCUGCUGCAGCUGUCGAUCGAUCACUGCAAGAUCAAGUACAUCCCGGCGCUCGCCUUCUCGACGCUCCGGGCGCUCCGCAGCCUUUCGCUCAGCACCCGCAACGUGCACUGGUCGACGAUGAACCUGGAGCUGCACCCAAACAGCUUCCGGGGUCUGGCGGAGCUGAAGGACCUCCAGCUAACGGAGAGCAACAUCUGGGCCCUGCCGGCCGAUGUGCUGUGUCCGUUGCACAAACUGCGAACCCUUAACCUCACCGGCAACCGGUUGAGUGAUCUUACGCAACUGGGCCUCUCGGACUGGGGCAAGGGUCCGACGGCUCCCGGGAAGGCCUGCAACACGGGUCUGGAGGUGCUGGAUCUAUCAGGCAACGAUCUGACGCUCCUUCCCGACAACGGACUCUCGGCAUUGCGCUCCCUGAACGCCCUUCACCUACAGCGCAACCUACUGAAGGAGAUCGCUGACCGAGCGUUCGUGGGUCUCGGCACACUGGAGGUCCUGAACCUGGCGGACAACAAGCUGACCGCGUUGACACCGGAACUGUUUGUGUCAUCGCGCAAGAUCCGGCAAGUGUAUCUGCAGAACAAUUCACUGGCGGUCCUGGCCCCCGGUGUCUUCGAGGGACUCGAUCGCCUGGAGACCCUGGAUCUGUCACACAACCAGCUGACGUCGGUGUGGGUCAAGCGGGAUACGUUCGCGGGCCAGGUCCGGCUGGUGGUGCUCAGCCUCGGUCACAACCAGCUCUCGAAGGUGGACCAGCACGUGUUCCGGGGACUGUACAGCUUGCAGAUCCUGAACCUGGAGCACAACGCGAUUGAACUGAUCGCCGAUGGGGCGUUUGCGGACCUGAAGAACCUGCACGCGUUGUUCCUGUCCCAUAAUCGGCUACGUCAGAUUGAACCGUAUCACUUUAGCGAACUGUACGUGCUGCACCAGCUGAUCCUGGAGUCGAAUCAGAUCGCGUAUAUCCACGAGCGAGCGUUCGAGAACUUGACGCACCUGCACGACCUCAGCCUGAACGAUAACCGGCUGGAGGAGAUUCCGCUCGGGAUGAAGAGUUUGAAGUUCCUGCAGUCGCUCGACGUGGGCAAGAAUCAGAUCAGCGAGAUCAACAACUCGUCGUUCGAGGGCUUGGAGGAGCUGAUGGGUCUGCGGCUGGUGGACAAUCAGAUCCGGGAGAUAGCGCGCGAUACGUUCUUCGCCCUGUCGACGAUCCACGUGCUGAAUCUGGCCUCGAACCGUAUCCGGCACAUCGACCAGUCGGCGUUUAGCUCGAACCCUACGCUCCGUGCGAUCCGGCUGGAUGCGAACGAGCUGGAGGACAUUAGCGGUGUGUUUACGUCACUCCCGGCGCUGGUGUACCUCAACAUCUCGGACAAUCGGAUCGCGUGGUUCGACUAUUCGCACUAUCCGCACUCGCUCGAGUGGCUCGAUAUCCACAAAAACAACAUCAGCGAGCUGGGGAAUCGGUACGACGUCGGGACGUGGUUCCUGCUCAAGAUGUUGGACGUUUCGCACAACGCCUUGCGCCGGAUCAACGCCAGCUCGUUCCCACAGAACAUCGAGACGAUCCUGCUGAACAACAACGAGCUGGAGGAGAUCGCCCCGGAAACGUUCACCGGCAAGGCGAACAUCGUGAAGGUGGUGCUGUACGGGAAUCGAUUGCGGCGUAUCGAGAUGGCCUCGCUGGCACUGACCCCGAUGCCGGAUACGCGUGUCCUGCCGGAGUUCUACCUCGGGGACAAUCUGAUCCACUGCGAUUGCAGCAUGGAGUGGUUGCAGCGCAUCAACGAGCUGGCGUACUUGCGGCAGUACCCGCAGGUGAAGGACCUGGACACGGUCCAGUGCACGAUGGAGCACGAGCGGGGCGAACAGAGGCGCCCGCUCAUGUCGAUGCGAGCGAGCGAGUUCCUGUGCCGGUACGAUAGCCACUGCUUCGCCACCUGCCACUGCUGUGACUUUGACGCGUGCGAUUGCAAGAUGGCGUGUCCGGAUCGGUGCAGCUGCUACCACGACACGGCCUGGGAGUCGAACAUUGUGGACUGUGGAUCCGUCGGUCUAUCGCUCGUACCGGCCAAGAUUCCGAUGGAUGCGACCGACAUCUAUCUGGACGGUAACAACCUGGGGGCGCUCGGGAGUCACGUGUUCAUCGGGAAGAAGAAGCUCAAAGCGCUGUUCCUGAACGGGAGUCGGAUCGAAUCGCUCAACAACAAAACGUUCGCCGGGAUCCCGGCCCUGGAGGUACUCCACCUGGAGUCGAACGGGCUGGAGGUACUGUCCGGGGCGGAGUUUGAGCAAUUGCGCGAUCUGCGGGCACUUUACCUUCACGCGAAUGCCCUCUCGGCGAUUGGGAACAAAUCGUUCGUGUACCAGAAAUCGCUCGAGGUCCUGACGCUCGACGACAAUCGGCUCGCGGAGCUGCGACCUUGGGAGCUCCUGCCGACACUUGCGCCGGAUGCCGACGGAACCGGAAGUGGUGUGACGCUCGGUGGUGGGGGCAAUCGGUUGGACUGUUCGUGUGACACGAUGCCCAGGUUGAUCGAUUGGCUUGACCGGCAGUUCCGGAAUGUGUCGCGUACGGACCCACCGCUCGGGGAGUUGCGGUGUGCGAAGCGUGACAUCCCCUUGGUGGAGGCGAUCGGGGUGUGUGAAGCGGCUCGAGGAGGGACAUCCCGUCCGGUCGGAAGUCUCAGUGGAGUUCCGGUCGCGACACCGACCGUCCAGCGGACGAUCAUCGAUGACGACUUCAUCGACUAUCUCCCGCUGCUGAUAGCGGUCCUGGCGGGUCUACUCCUGACGGUGCUACUCGUGACGCUGGUGCUGCUUUUUCGUCAGGACGUUUGCCUGUGGGCCCACGCCCGGUACGGGGUGCGGCUGUGUAAGGACCCGUUGAGUGCGCUGGAGCGCUGUGAGGACAGCGAGAAGCUAUAUGAUGCGUACUUCGUGUAUAGUGCGGCCGAUGCAGACCUGGUUAGUGGUCCGAUCGGACAGGAACUGGAGCACCACGGGUACGGGAUGUGUCUGCAUUACCGGGACGUACACGGCACCACCAGCUUCCUGGGCGAUUCGAUGCAAUCGGCGGCGGAUGCCUCGCGGAAGCUGAUCCUCUUCGUCAGCGUCAAGUUCCUGCAGCUCGAGUGGUCCCAGCCGGAGUUCCGGGCGGCCCUUCAGGCGGUCCUGGAGUUGAUACGACCGUCGAGGCGUAAGCAGCGCCUGAUCUUGAUCACCUCCGUACCGGGCGCAAUGAUGUCGAUGGAUCCGAUCAUGGACAUCCUGGCCCGGACCUGCACCGUGAUCGCGUGGGACGAUCGGCGGUUCUGGGACAAGGUUCGGUUCGCGAUGCCUGACCUCGGCAAGGGUGACCCACUGGGGAAGGGUGCCCACCGGAAGAACAUCAACAUCCGUUACACGCCCGCCCCAACCAACAACCUGAUGGUGGGACCCGCACCAUCCGCCCCGAGUGCAACCACCUGGCCGAAGCGACUCAACUCGGAGGUCUGCAUUCAGGGGCCGCAACAGCAGCAGCAACUACACCAUCAGCAACCCUAUCCGGUUCCACUGCCACGGACCAGCCACCAUCAGGGUCAGGCGACCAGUACUUACCACACGGACGAGGACGACCCUUCCACGGCCGGCUCGUCACCGCAGUACGAAGCCCCGGGAGGAAGCCCAGGGUUCCCGCUUGGCCAUCAUCUUCAUCACCACCAUCACCACCAUCAGCUGCAUCCGGGCACGGUGCCGUAUCAGCUCGGAGCGACCUCUGGCGGUGGUCCGCACAUUCCGUCCUCACAGUCCAAUUCGCCGCACCUGCCACAGACUAUGCCCCAUCAUCAUCACCAUCACCAUCAUCACCAUCAGCAACAGCAGCAGCAGCAGCAGCAACACCACCAUCAACCGCUUGGCUACGGUGGUGGAGCCGGAACCCUUCCGGGCCACGUGUACUCCACCAUCCCGGAGUCACAGUACAACCAAUCGACCCACUCGUCAUCCUCGAUCGGUGGCCAGCAGCAGCAGCAGCCGCAGGGGAAGCAGCAACCGCUACAGCAUCUUCCGGUGGCUCCCCCCACCGGUUCUUCGCGGCUCCUGCCGCCCGCCGGCGGAGGUGACCAGACGGGCAAUCGGCCAUACUUUGUGUAGAGUCCCGUGGGACAGAAGGAUGCGCGUGAUAGGAUGAUUUUUGUAAAUAGAAGAAGAGUGGGCAGCUUCCCCACAACAAGCAACAGCAACUUAUUCUCGUACUAAUGUUGUAUUCCUACACCCCGCACACUUACACGCGCUACAACACCCAUACAGUUUUAG